ACCUUUUCUUUUUUCUCACUCUUUCUCUCUCUAUAAACCCUCUCUCUCUAGAAAAAGAAAAGAGAAAGAAAAGGUUGGAGAGAAUAUAGCAAACUCCAAAAGCAUCAUCAACACCACACCACAUCACAAGAAACCGUUUGUUCGAUAGAUCUGUGGAGAAGAAGAUGGGACAGAAUCAAAGAUCUCUGAUCUACGCGUUCGUUUCUCGAGGAAGCGUUCUUCUCUCCGAGUACACCGAAUUCAGCGGAAAUUUCAAUUCCAUCGCGUUUCAGUGCCUUCAGAAGCUUCCAGCUUCUAACAACAAAUUCACCUACAACUGUGAUGGCCACACCUUCAAUUACCUCGUCGAUAAUGGAUACACUUAUUGUGUUGUUGCGGAUGAAUCGGUUGGAAGACAAGUGCCUGUGGCUUUUCUGGAGCGUGUGAAGGAUGAUUUUGUUGCGAAAUAUGGUGGUGGGAAGGCUUCUACAGCUGCACCUAACAGUCUUAAUAAGGAAUUUGGGCCUAAGUUGAAGGAACAUAUGCAGUACUGUGUUGAUCAUCCUGAGGAGGUGAGCAAGCUUGCUAAGGUGAAAGCUCAGGUUUCUGAAGUCAAAGGUGUCAUGAUGGAGAAUAUUGAAAAGGUUCUGGACAGGGGGGAAAAGAUAGAGCUUUUGGUUGACAAGACUGAGAACCUUCAUCACCAGGCACAAGACUUCAGGAACUCAGGGACCAAAAUCCGCAGAAAAAUGUGGCUUCAAAAUAUGAAGAUAAAGCUGAUUGUACUGGCAAUUUUGAUAGCCUUGAUCCUCGUAAUUGUCCUCCCAAUCGUUCUUCGGAAUAAAUAAAUGCCACUCUCCUAGACAUUUAUCUUGUUAUUUCGACUUUCUUGUGAUUAUAUAUAUGAUAUGAUGAGGAAAGAUACCAGGUUUAUGGCAUGAUUUUGUAUGUAGUCAAGAUAUUAACCUGUAUACCGUUUACCUUUAAGUUUUUACAGUAUGAUGAUGAUAUAUGAAUGAUUUUAUA